UGCCGGUGCUCUGGCACCCUUGCGUUUUCCAACAACCGAGCUAGACGUCCGCAACAACAACAACAAAAAAAAAUCACUUCCGUUAGGGGAAGGCACGCCUUCCACGCUGCAACAUGGAGGCUGUCAGUAAGCUGAAUGAACCGGUUUCCGGGGAGCUGGUGUCUGUAGCACAUGCUCUUUCUCUCCCUGCAGAGUCUUAUGGCAAUGAUCCAGAUAUUGAGAUGGCCUGGGCCAUGAGAGCAAUGCAACACGCUGAAGUCUACUACAAGUUGAUUUCGUCAGUUGACCCACAGUUCCUAAAACUCACCAAAGUAGAUGAUCAGAUCUACUCUGAGUUCCGGAAAAGUUUUGAGAAACUCAAGGUAGAUAUUUUGGACCCAGAAGAACUUAAAUCAGAAACCGCUAAAGAGAAGUGGAGGCCAUUCUGUUUGAAGUUUGAAGGCCUUGUAGAAGACUUCAACUAUGGUACUCUUCUGCGACUGGAUUGUUCCAAGGGCUACACCGAGGAAAACACCAUCUUUGCACCCAGGAUACAAUUUUUUGCCAUUGAAAUUGCUCGGAACCGGGAAGGCUAUAACACAGCAGUUUAUACUGUUCAAAACAAAGGAGAGAAGGGAGCUGGCAAUAGAGACAAGGGAGAGAAGGAAUCUGGCAGUGGAGAGAAAGGAGAAAAGGAAGCUGGUAGUGAAGAGAAAGAGAAGGAAGCUGGCAGUGGAGAGAAAGUUAAGAAUGGAGCUACUGAUAGUGAAGGAGAAAAAGAGAAAACUGAUGAAGGAGGAGAAAAAAGCCAAUAAAAAAUCAGUGGAAUUGCUACAUGGGAAACAGUAUUCCAGAGCAUGUAACUCAGUUGAAUCCACAAGUACCAGAACUCUAUCUUUCUGACCUGGU